AUGGAACCUGAAGGUGCUGUUAUGCUCUAUGCAGAUAGGACUCGUGAUUCCUCUACACUUGAAACUUGUGAUAUUGUCGUGGAUGUAGGAGGAGUAUACGACCAUUCGAAAAAACGCUAUGAUCACCAUCAAAAGGAAUUCAAUGAUACUAUGCAAACCCUCGGUGUGCUUGAUUUUAACACCAAACUGAGUUCAGCAGGUUUAGUAUAUGCGCACUAUGGAAAGCAGCUUAUUGCUGAGAUUUUGGGAACCUCUCAUGAGGACAGAAUGGUGGGCAUAUUUUAUCGAAAACUGUAUGAGACGUUUGUCGAAGCCGUAGAUGCAAUCGACAAUGGAAUACCACAGUAUGAUGGAAUUCCAAGAUAUCAUAUGUCUGGAGGACUAUCUGGACGCGUCGGUCAUCUCAAUCCGCAUUGGAAUGAGGUGGACGUGAAUCCUGAUGAGCGGUUUCAGCAAGCAAUGGAACUUGUCGGAGCUGAAUUCGAAUCCAGCGUUUCGUAUUUGGCUAAUGUUUGGUGGCCAGCGCGAGAAAUCGUGGAAAAAGCCAUCGAUGAGUCCACACAGGCAAGUUUGCGAAACUUCUCUCCUUAUGAUAGCCUUGCUGUAAUGAAUAUGAACAAGCAUGAGCAGCCGCCUCCGAUGGAAAGAAUCUCGUGUGCUGUGUUCUUGGUUGACAGCAGCGGGCGGAUUCUUUACAUUUCGUGUGGUGGAGUUCCAUGGAAAGAACACUUCUUCCAACUCGAAGAGGAGAAAGGCUUGGCGUCUCGGCGAAUUACAUAUAUCAUCUAUGAAGACACGACUGCCAAGAAUUAUCGAAUACAAGCGAUACCUAACAGUAGUUUAUCAACCUUUGACAAC